AAACGCCGGUUGGCCGGCGGGACUGAGGGCGUAAACUCGAAAGGGGAGGCAAUCGGCAGAGAUAAGGAGAAACGUAACAUCUCCGUGUGUGUGGGCUGUGGCUCCCACAUCACUGACCAGUACAUCAUGCAGGUGUCGCCCGACCUGUGCUGGCACGCCUCCUGCCUCAAGUGUGCCGACUGUGAGCAGUACCUGGACGAGUCGUGCACGUGCUUCGUCAGGGACGGGAAGACAUACUGUAAGAGGGAUUAUGUCAGAUUAUUCGGCACAAAAUGCUCUCGCUGCGGCCUCGGCUUCUGUCGCGAAGACGUCGUUAUGCGGCCCACCAAAGGCACGGUCUACCAUCUGAACUGCUUCCGGUGCAUCAUGUGCAAUAAACCCCUGGUCACCGGCGACGAAUUCGCCAUCCGGGAGGACGGACUUUUCUGCAGAGCCGACCAUGACGUCAUAGACCGGUCCGUGACCGGCUCCCCGUGCCAGGAUAUCGGCAGCCCGGGGAGCGCGUACGGCGGCAACAACAACAACAACAGCGGGCUGUGCAACAACAACAAUAACAAUAACAACUUGAACAGCCACAAUAACAAUAACAAUACGGGCACCGGAGGAAAAGAAUCGGAUAACAAGAAACCAGGGCGCGGGGACAAAGCCUCGAGAGGGAGCCACAAGUCGGACCACAAGACCACCAGGGUGCGGACCGUCCUCAACGAGAAACAGCUGCACACGCUGCGGACUUGCUACAACGCCAACCCCAGGCCGGACGCCCUCAUGAAGGAACAGCUGACCGAGAUGACGGGUCUCAGCCCGCGGGUCAUACGGGUCUGGUUCCAGAACAAGAGAUGUAAGGAUAAAAAACGCUCCAUCUUGAUGAAGCAGAUACAGCAGCAGCAGGAGAAGAACGGCGGCGGUCUCAGCCGGCCGCUCCAGGGCGUCCCGAUGGUCGCGUCCAGCCCCGUCCGCCACGAGCCCCCCGUCGGGAUGCAGGGCAACCCCGUGGAGGUCCAGAGCUACCAAACCCCGUGGAAGGCUCUCUCCGAGUUCGCCAUGCAGGGGGACAUGGACCAGCCUCACGCGCCCUUCCAGCAACUGGUGAGCAACAUCAACAUUAUGAACAACACCCCCUUCCUCCCGCAGCAACCCCACAACUUCCACCACCCCCUGGAGUACAACCCCACCAAUUUCUUCAACUGCUACCACCAGCCCGAGGGGUUGGGCGAGCACGCCAUCAAGCCCAACCUCGUGCGACAUCAUCACUUGCGCCAUGCCGUUCUCAGCGACAUUGAUGACGACGACGACGAUGUGAGCGCCAAGAUGAUGAUGGUCGACGAGGAGGACGAUACGGUGGUAUAUCUAGAGGACCAAUAAUGGUGGUGAUGAAAAAAUGUCAUCGUUUGACCACAUGGACGCAGGAAUGCCCAGCCCGCCCCACCACCACGAUAUGAUGAUGCACCCUGGUAUGGCCGUCAGUCCCGGCCACGGGGAGCUUAUGC